AUGAGUGACCAUUACUUCAACGACAUGACUCCAACGGAAUUUGCUGAACAUAUGGAAGAGAUUUUUCCCGAGUUCGGUGCUCUUGACGUUGAAGAAGUUCUUCAACAGCAGAGAAGUGCAUAUCUGUAUAUUCAAGAAAACAAGAGUAUCAAACCUGAUGUCCAAACUAGGAAUAGGAGUCGAUUUUCUGCGUACGAGGAUGAAUCUUGGUGGGAAGAUAUUGAGCAAUUGACUGUCGAUGAAGCUUUAGCUAGAUCCUUGCAGUUGGAGUGUUACUCCGGUGAUGAUUCAGAUGUAACUAGACACCUUGCUGGGACGAUAGAGUCGCCUCCUCCAGCUCCCAGGGUUGCAAGUCUAAGUAGAAGGCACGAUAACAUCGACCCAGACAAUAUGACUUAUGAGGAAUUGCAAUCACUGGACGAAGCUAGUGGCAACGAACACAAAGGACUUUCUGAACAUCUCAUUUCUCGGUUGCCAACUUUCAAGUACAAAGCAGGGUCGUCUGCAGGAAAACAGGAGGAUAAAGAAUGCGUGAUAUGUUGUUCAGCUUACGACAAAGGAGAUACUUUGACCACUCUGCCUUGCGCACACCAGUAUCAUACAUAUUGCAUUAAUCAUUGGUUGAAACUCAAGAAGAAUUGCCCCGUCUGUAAAAAGGAGGUCCGUGAAGAUUAA